AUGAUGAUGAUGAUGAUGUAACAGGUAAAUGGGAGGUGGAGGAGAUGAAGGACACCAAGCUGCCCGGAGACAAAGGUCUGGUCCUGAAGACCCGGGCCAAACAUCACGCCAUCUCGGCACAGCUGCUGCGACCUUUCACCUUCGACGCCAAGCCGCUCAUCGUCCAGUACGAGGUGAACUUCCAGUCGGGCAUCGACUGCGGCGGCGCCUACGUGAAGCUGCUGACUCAGACUCCGGACCUCGACCUGGACCAGUUUAAGGAUAAAACUCCGUACACCAUCAUGUUCGGACCCGACAAAUGUGGAGAGGACUACAAGCUUCACUUCAUCUUCAGACACAAAAACCCCAAAACAGGAGAGUACGAAGAGAAGCACGCCAAGAAACCUGACGCCGACCUGAGGACGUACUACACAGACAAGAAGACACACCUGUACACACUCGUGUUGAACCCUGACAACAGCUUCGAGGUGCUGGUGGACCAGACGGUGGUGAACAGCGGCAACCUGCUGACAGACAUGACCCCCCCGGUGAACCCCCCCGCCGAGAUCGAGGACCCCGAUGACCAGAAGCCGGACGACUGGGACGAGAGGCCCAAGAUCCAGGACCCCGCCGCCGCCAAGCCCGAAGACUGGGACGAAGACGCUCCGGCUCAGAUUCCCGAUGAAGACGCGGUGAAACCAGACGGCUGGCUGGACGACGAGCCGGAGUACAUCGGAGACCCCGACGCUGUCAAACCUGAAGACUGGGACGAGGACAUGGACGGCGAAUGGGAAGCCCCCCAGGUCCCUAACCCCGCCUGCGAGACGGCCCCCGGCUGCGGCGCCUGGAAACGGCCGAUGAUCGACAACCCCAACCACAAGGGCAAGUGGAAGCCCCCCAUGAUCGACAACCCCAACUACCAGGGCGUGUGGAAGCCGAGGAAGGUCCCCAACCCGGCGUUCUUCGAGGACCUGCAGCCGUUCAGGAUGAGCGCGUUCAGCGCCGUCGGGCUGGAGCUCUGGUCCAUGACCUCUGACAUCUUCUUCGACAACUUCUUCAUCACCGACGACCGCAACACCGCCGAGCGCUGGGCUGCCGACGGGUGGGGGCUGAAGAAGGCCGCCGAGGGCGCCGCUGACCCCGGCCUGGCCACCCAGAUGCUGAAUGCCGCAGAGGAGCGCCCGUGGCUCUGGAUCGUCUACGUCCUCACCGUGGCGCUGCCGCUCGUCCUCAUCAUCGUCUUCUGUUGCACUGGAAAGAGGUCUUCAGGAUCAGAUCAGGGUCAUUUGAGUCUCAACAGCUUACAGGAGGAGUUAAAGGACGCCGGACGCCCCGCCGCCUCCGGCCUGAAGAAGAGCCCCGCGACGCCGGCAGCGCAGUACAAGAAGACGGACGAAGCUCAGCCAGACGUAAAGGAGGAGGAAGAAGAGAAGGAAGAGGAGGAGGAGAAGGCUGAAGAGGCAGAGAAGAGCAGUCCAGCUGCGGAAGAGAAGAGCGAGGGAGAGGAAAGUCCUGCCGAGGAAGAGGAAGAUGAGAAGGAGGAAGAGAACGAGGAGACGGCUGACGAUAAGUUGGAGGACGACGUUCUGCGGAGAUCUCCCAGGAACAGGGGGAACAAGGUCAGAAAGGACUGAAAUCUCUGAAUCCACAGCCCUGACCUCAACACCUUCCCAUCUCCCCCUCUCCCCU